GCCGCUCACCUGCCGCGGGCGCCACCGCGGACGUGCCACGCGGGUGGCCCGCGCUCUUCGGCAGCACCGGUGGAACCCCCCUCGGCCUGGGCGUGCCAAGAGGAAGGGGUUAAAAUGAACGAAGACCCGAAGGUCAAUUUAAGCGGGCUUCCUCGGGAUUGUAUAGAUGCCAGUGCUCCGGAGAACAUCUCAGCCGCUGUCCCCUCCCAGGGCCCUGUGGCGGAGUCAGAACCUGAGCUCGUUGUCAACCCUUGGGACAUUGUCUUGUGCAGCUCAGGAACCCUCAUCUGCUGUGAGAAUGCCAUUGUGGUCCUUAUCAUCUUCCACAGCCCCAGCUUGCGAGCACCCAUGUUCUUGCUGAUAGGCAGCCUGGCUCUGGCAGACUUGCUGGCUGGCCUGGGACUCAUCAUCAAUUUUAUUUUUGCAUACCUGCUUCAGUCAGAAGCCACCAAGCUAGUCACAAUUGGACUCAUUGUCGCCUCUUUCUCUGCCUCUGUCUGCAGUUUGCUGGCUAUCACUGUGGACCGCUACCUCUCACUGUAUUAUGCCCUGACAUACCACUCUGAGAGGACCGUCACAUUUACCUAUGUCAUGUUGGUUAUGCUCUGGGGGACCUCCAUCUGCCUGGGGCUGCUGCCUGUCAUGGGCUGGAACUGCCUAAGGGACGAGUCCACCUGCAGUGUGGUCAGACCUCUCACUAAGAACAACGCUGCGAUCCUCUCCAUCUCUUUCCUCUUCAUGUUUGCACUGAUGCUUCAGCUCUACAUCCAGAUCUGUAAGAUUGUGAUGAGGCAUGCCCACCAGAUAGCCCUGCAGCACCACUUCUUGGCCACGUCGCACUACGUGACUACUCGGAAAGGGGUCUCAACCCUGGCUCUCAUCCUGGGGACCUUUGCUGCGUGUUGGAUGCCUUUCACUCUCUACUCCUUGAUCGCGGAUUACACCUACCCCUCCAUCUAUACCUAUGCCACCCUCCUGCCCGCCACCUACAAUUCCAUCAUCAACCCUGUUAUAUAUGCUUUCAGAAACCAAGAGAUCCAGAAAGCCCUCUGCCUCAUUUGCUGCGGGUGCAUCCCUUCCACACUGUCCCAGAGAGCACGGUCUCCCAGCGAUGUGUAGGAACCUUUCACCCGCAAGACACUGCUCUACCAAGCACCCCCACUGUCCAGGAUGGCCAGUGCAUUCCUCUGCUUCAAUUCUUUGCAGUGGAUUCUCACAAGCAGAAGUGAUGACAUCAGUCAGAUAGGCGAAGACAGUGGAAAUCAUGUCACCAGUGUUAAAAAAAAAUGACUUCUCUGCUCAGCAUUAUGUUGCUUGGUUUGGAAGUUAUGUUUAUUAUUAUUUUUUUAAAUAUUUUAUUUAACAAGUUUUGUAUGUUUGGAGGGUGUAGUGGGGCCCCAUGUGGCCAUGAAAUUAUGCACAAGUCCCAGGAUUUUUAACCUAGACUUGAAAAUAAAUCAGAGUUUUUAAGGAACCUGGAGAAGGGAUUACUUUUUUUGGACUUUUUUUUUUUUAGUCAAGGUAGAUCUUCCAUUCUGUAUGUAUCUAACAGGAUAUGAACUUUUUCACAUGACCAAAAUAGUUUACAUAAUUACGUUUGGAAAGACUUGUUUUCAGGAACAUGAACUCAGUAGUAAGUUAUAAAUAACAAAACCCCAAACAGCCACUGCUCGUGAGAAUUUCCUUGCAGUUUCUCUGUGUUACAGUUUGGUAUGCAUGGUUACUUGUGGUAGUUAGACCACUAAUUGCAAUGUUGCCACGUGAAACCCAGAAUUAAAAGAGUCAUUUUUCAAUACAGUUUUAAUAGAUUCUUUCCAAAAUGAGUCUCAAGAAAACAUUUUGAAUUACAUGUGAGGUAGCUCUGACUAGAUAUGCCAUUGUAAUUUUUAAAACUUCAGUCUGGUGGUUUUCAGAAAACAUUAAUAGUAUCUAUUGAAAGUAGAUUAUAUUUAUUUUUAAUAUAUUCUGAAAAAAUAAACGAGUCUGAUGCUGUUAAGAAAUAUACAAACAUCACCUUUCAUCUUUGUCUAUGAAUAUAUUGUUUUUCUAGCUUAAAAUGGGUAGAAUUAAGUAUUAUAAGCCACAUUUUUCUGGUUCAUAUUGUUGGUAGGGCAAAGUGCAUCUGAAGCAGGUGGUCUCCUGUCUUAAUGACCAGGUCUGUGAAAUGCCCAGCUAACAUGACUGGUGUGUGCCAUCUGUGAUCUGUGUCCUGCGGGCUCACGAGUACAAUGACCAUGUGUUUGCUGGUGGAAAGUUUAACUUAUUUUCACCAAAAGAUACUGUGAAUGCAACAAGGGCUCUGUUACCUGUUUUCAGAGAGCAAAGGUAUAGCUGGAAAAUUAUAACAAGAAGAGACUUGAAACGCUCAACAAGGUCUGAAUGUCAAUGUGCCUGAAUGUCAUUUUCCGUGAGAGCAGGCAGAUGCAGACACAGACACCAUCCCUCUGUUUGUAAUGGGCUCAUUGCUAUGUCUCUACAGAAGUGUAAGAAUUCCUGCAUGGUGCGUCAAGACCAGUAUCCUUAGGGGGAUUAUUUGUAAUAGGUCAUCCUCAAAGAUUUGUCCCAGUCAGUAUGCCCAUGGUGGUUUUAGGACAAAUCUACAAAGCCUGCAUGCCAAAGCCAAUCCUCCAAAGCUGCUUCUCAAGUUGCACAAGUGAGGAUAAAUCCUCUACCUGAAUCUGCAACUCCUCUUUGAGGCUCUUUGCAGAAGCACGUGAGGGGGUGAAAGAGUCAAGACGUGGGGAGGAAUUUUCAGCACUGUGUAUUCACGCCCAAUCCAGAUGACAGCUUUAAAACAUUUCUUUGAGCCGGGCGGUGGUGGCGCACGCCUUUAA